AUGAGUUGGAAUGGAAGAGAGCAGGAGGUACUGACGGAAAUGGAAGAACAUAAAAUAGACAUAUGCGCCCUAUCGGAGACCAAAAAGAGGGGAAAAGGAGACAAAAGCUAUCCUGGAUACAUUCUUAAAUACAGCGGACCUGAGAAACAUAGACGGGCAACAGCAGGAGUGGGGAUGUUAAUUAAGGACAAAUAUAAGUACAGCAUAGAGGGGACCAGCUACACAAGCGAGAGAAUACUGAGAGUGACGCUAGACAUAGGCAAGGAAAAAAUCCAUCUUAUCAGCGUUUAUGCACCUGACAGCAAUAAGAGUAAAGAAGAAAUAGACGACUUCUACGAAACUCUACAAGAAGAGAUAGAUAAGAUACCGGAAGAACACAAAAUCUUGAUAAUGGGAGACCUAAACGCGAGAAUUGGCAACGCAGUCGUGGACGGGGUAAAGCAAAGAUUUAACGAAGCACACAUCAACGACAACGGGGAAAAGCUAGUUGCUUUCUGUGCGCAAAACAGAUUAAAAAUAAACAACACUUAUUAUGAUCACAAGGACCAACACAAGAUAACCUGGGCAAAUACGCGAGGCCAAACAUCUAUGAUAGACUUCAUAAUCUCGAACAGAGCGGUCCAUCCAACACAGGUCGUCGACGUACGAUCAUUGUCCUCGGCGGACGUCGGAUCAGACCACCACCUCGUCCUCGGAAAGAUCCGGCUCACCGCACAGCUCAAGAGGAGACCGCCACCCGUGAUGGUAGAAAAACUUAACAUAGAGUCGAUCCAGAACGAUACUAUAAAGGCUCUGUACGAGUGGCGGCUGAGACAGAAGAUAGGGGAGAACAGCAUCACAGACGAGGACGAUGUGGAAGCUGGAUGGAAGAAGAUCAAGAGCCAUAUGACUAUGGCAGCAGAAGAGGCACUAGGAAGAAGGAGAGUGAACAAAAAUGCCGAUAUACAACACAAGACGUGGUUCACGAAAGAGGCAAAGCAACUGGCAAAAGAGAAGAGGAAAGCAUAUCUCAAUUAUCUCAACAACAGGACCCCCGAAGAACGACAGAGAUAUAAGAACAUAAGAAAUCUCGCAAAGGCGGGAAUGCGGAGAAUCGAGGAAGAAUACUGGGCGACCUUCACUGCUAAUAUGGAACAUGAUCUAUACGGAGCCCAAAGGAAGGUGUGGGGAAUAUUAACACGCAGAAAACAGGAAGUGAAUGAAUAUGUCCAGUCACAAAAAAUCUCCAAAGAAGACUGGAUGGAACACUUCAGACGGCUGUUCCGGGAGGAUGACGACCGUUUACCGGCGACACCGCCAGAACGGACCGCAGUAAACACACAGAUCGGCGUUGAGCUUGUGGAGUCCCUCGCCAAGACACUGAAGAACAGAAGGGCGCCUGGACUCGAUGGGCUGCACAGUGAGUUGGUGAAAUAUUGA